AUGCCCUAUAAAUCACGCUGGUCGGUCCCUAUUCCAGACUGCUCACUGUCGACCUUUCUCUUCCAGUCGCCCCACGUCGACCUGGGCGACAGCGUCGCCUUCUACGAGGCCGCUCGUCCUGAAUCACACUACAUCACUCGUAACCAGUUCCGGCUAUGGUGUCAACGCUUUGCGCUUGGCCUUACCAGGUCAAAACACUUCAAAAAGGGUGAUCGCAUCCUGCUGUUCAGUGGCAAUGAUCUCUUUGUCCCUGUAGUCUUCAUGGGGACCCUCACUGCCGGUGGUAUCUUCACCGGUGCUAAUCCAACCUUUGUCCCCAGAGAGCUGGCCCAUCAGUUGACUGACAGCGGCGCCACAUAUCUUCUCUGCUCUGACGCCGCCAUCGAUACCGGCAUCGAGGCCGCGAAAUUGGCAGGGCUUGAUCCACAGGAGAGGGUCUUUGUCUACAACUCCAAGAUCUAUGACGGCCACACUCAGGGCGUCAAGGGCGUCAAGUACUGGAGUGACCUAAUCGCCCCCGAAUCUGAUGCUAGUUCCUUUCAGUGGGAUGAUUACUCGGGCCCCGGUCAGAGUGACACCACUCUCGCUCUCAACUACUCCAGUGGCACAACUGGCGUCCCCAAAGGUGUCGAAAUCACCCACAAAAACUACAUCUCCAACACUCUCCAGGUUGCCCACAUGGCCACCCUUUAUCCCGACCACGAACAACGAAGCCUCCGAGCCCGUUGGCUUUGCUUCUUGCCUUUGUACCAUGCCUACGGCCAGACAUUCUUCGUGGCUGGUGCUUUCCAUCGCAAAGUCCCCGUCUACGUCAUGCCCAAAUUCGACUUCCUCCUGUUACUCGAGUACAUUCAGAAAUUCCGCAUCACAGACCUCCACACAGUCCCCCCCAUUGCAGUCGCCCUCGCCAAACACCCCGCUGUCGAAAAGUACGAUCUGAGCUCGGUCGAGAGCAUCGGUUGUGGCGCUGCUCCUUUAGGUCGGGAUAUUUGUCUGCAGAUCGAGAAGAGAUUGGGAGACCGCUUAAACAUGAAGCAAGGAUGGGGUAUGACCGAAUGUACCUGCUCCCUCUUGGGGUGGGAUGUGAACAAGAUUUCCACCUCGGCCGCCGUUGGUGAGCCCAAUGCAAAUUGCGAAGCCAAGAUCAUGUCUGAAGACGGAACUCGCGAGAUCACAGAACGCGGUCCCGCCCACGUUGGAGAACUCUGGUGCUACGGCCCCAAUAUUAUGAAGGGAUACUGGCACAACCAGAAAGCCACCGAGAACACAUUGACUCGGGAUGGAUGGUUAAAGACUGGAGAUAUUGCCUAUGUCGACCAAGAUGGCAUGUUUUUCAUCGUCGAUCGCUUAAAGGAACUCAUCAAAGUAAAGGGUAACCAAGUUGCCCCCGCGGAACUUGAGGCGCUAUUGCUGGAGCACGAGGCUAUAGCUGAUGCCGCCGUCAUUGGCAUGCCAACCGAUGACGGGGAUGAGAGGCCGCGGGCCUUUAUUGUCCGACAAGUCGGUCCGGCAGGCGAAAAAUUGACCGAGUCAGACGUGAAGAAAUUCAUAGAAGCGAAGGUGGUCAGAUACAAGAGGCUGACGGGCGGAGUCGAGUUCCUUGAUGCCAUACCCAAGAAUCCAUCGGGCAAGAUCUUGAGAAGACAGCUGAGAGACACCACGAGAGAGCGAUUGAGGAAAGAAGGAGCGAGAUUGUGA